AUUUUCGAGCCUCGAGCCUCGUCUCCCUAGUUUUUCUAAACCUCUAGACAUACAGUGGCAUCAACAUGCGGCCGACCGCUUUUGCACUGGUUGUUAUUCUACCAUUAAUAACUUCUGUCAUUGGUACACCGACGUCAACUCCUCCAUCGAUAAAUGCAAAGAUUCCACUUAGCAAGCGCGCUUCAAAGUUGGUGAAUGACCAAGGCGUGGUUUCUGCUUCUGCUCUUCAAAACGAGUUGGCUAGGACCAGAAGCAAACUGGCUCGAGGCUUCUCGGCUUUCCAGCGAAACACAGGCUCUGCUCACCCUAGUGACACCAAGAAUUUAGCGAAUUCCACCGACUUGAACAAUCGGAAGCGCGCCACAGGUGCCGACCCUUUGACUGAUGAUGAAGACGGUAGCCUUUGGCAAGGCGCCAUUUCAGUUGGGACGCCACCUGUUCAUUUUACUGUGGACUUUGAUACGGGUAGCAGCGAUUUGUUCCUUCCAGGACAGAACUGUGGUACAACCUGCAGAGGACACACCAUCUUCAACACUGCUGCCAGCUCUUCCGCUGUUAAUCAGAAUUCGCGGGCAUCUCUUGCAUUCGGAGAUGGCUCGACUGUCAAUGCUGAUAUCUUCAAAGAUACCGUGACUGUUGCAGGACUUACGGCAACGUCCCAAACCGUUGGAGCAGCGACUCAAUAUUCUCCGGGAUUCGAGAUUGACGAGUUCCCCCCAGAUGGCCUCAUGGGAAUGGCCUUCCAGGAAAUAUCGGUAUUCCAAGCCGUUCCGGUCUUCCAGACGCUCGUCGCCCAAGGUGUUGUUACUGCCCCGGAAUUCGGAGUAAAAUUAGCAACGACCGGGUCUGAGUUAUUCUUGGGAGGUGUGGACACAGCGUUGUUCCAGGGUGAUUUUACGACGAACCCUGUUACGCAAGUGGGCUUUUGGCAGAUUGAUCUUCAGUCGGUCAAUGUCAACGACAAAGCGGCAGUGUCAGACCUGAGCGCGGUUGUGGACACGGGGACGACAUUGAUUGUUGGUGACCCAGACAAUGUGGCUGCAUUUUAUGCUGCGAUUCCGGGUUCUAAAGAUGCCUCGGAAACUCUUGGACCAGGAUUCUUCACCGGCAAGUUUCCAUGCGAUGAUAUUCCUUCGGUUAGUCUAACUUUUGCCGGAAAAGCAUUCACUCUGUCGCCAGACACCUUCAAUCUUGGUCUCGUUUCUCUUGGAUCAAAUGAUUGUGUCGGGGGCGUGUCUGCUUCCGAUCUAGGCAAUUUCUGGGUUACAGGAGACGUGUUCCUGCAGAAUGUGUACACCAGCUUCGAUGUUGGCAACACACAAGUAGGCUUUGCAACAUUGACUUGAGUGGUACUAGAAAGACAUGACAAACUUCGAUAUGAAUCACACAUCCUUCGACUAUGAAUUCAUACCAGUGUA